UGAACAUCGCAUAUAAACGACCAGCAUGGCAAAAAACAACGCACCCUUCCAAUUUUGGGCCUGAAAAAGCAGUGGAUGGCCUUAAAUCUGACUUGUCUGCAAAUGGUCAUCAGUGUAGUAUAUCUAAAAAUAAGCAAAGGAUAGCUUCUUGGCGAGUCAACCUACUUGGAAUAAAGUUUAUCCAUCAUGUAGUUAUAUACUACCGAACAGACAACAAAAUUUGGGAUGAAAAUAAUUCUUUACGUGGAAGGUUUCUGGGAUUUUCCGUCUACAUUUCUAAUACUGAAAAUAAGGAUGAUGGAAGAUUAUGUUUCCAUGACACUGAGUACAACAUGACAACGAUACCAGCUGUCGUAAACAUCACGUGCGAAUUAUACGGCCAGUAUGUUAUCUAUUAUAACGAAAGAAAUGCUGAUACACUGUACCCGCCUGGUUAUUCUACAUUUGCUUACAAUGAGCUGUGCGAAGUAGAAGUUUAUGUGAAUCUUGCCUAUAAUCAACCAACCUGGCAGAAAGCAAGUCAUCCGGCGGAUUUUGGACCCGAAAAAGCAGUGGAUGGUUUAAAAUCCGAUUUAUCAGCACGAGGACAUCAGUGUACGGUAUCUGCUGACACAGAAAGGGUAGCUAUUUGGCGAGUCAAACUAGCGAUGUACAGCUUUAUUCGUAAUGUAGUAAUAUACUACAGAACCAACAAUAUUGAGUGGGGAGAAAACAAUGCUUUUGCAGGAAGGUUUCUGGGAUUCUCUAUUUAUAUAUCUGAUAGUGAGAGUAAGGAAAAUGGUACUUUAUGUUUUCAUGAUACUGAAAAUAAUAGGACAACAAUACCAGCUGUAGUAAAUAUCACAUGCGAAUUAUACGGCCAGUAUGUUAUUUAUUAUAACGAAAGGAGUGCUGACACAGUGUACCCGCCUGGGUAUUCUACAUAUGCUUACAAUGAACUGUGCGAGUUGGAGGUUUACGGAUUUUCUUCAUACAUAACUACAUCUGUACCCAUUGACACUCAGUUUCCUUCAAACACACUCUAG